UUCUAUUUUAAACAGUGAGCAUGUACAAUCAAAAUUAUAGCCUGGUCACAAAGUGGCCAUAACCUCCAAUGACUGCAUGAUAAUGAAUUCAUUUAAUUGGGUCCUGUAGAGGGCGCCAAACCACCCACUGGUGCACUAUCAGUCACUCACCCAGCUGCCUAUGAAGAGACGGCCCUGUAUGGACCGUCUCUGUGCUACAGAUGGUCUUUCUUUUCCGUCACGAGUCAAAUAAAGUUACAUUUUUUUCAUUUGCUUUAAGAGAAACAUUUACUCAACACCCAAUAAAUUACUUGUCAAGACAAUGUUACAGUUUUUGAAUUGGAUGGUCUGAUUCUGGACUCUGCCAAGCUGUUUCAGCUUGAAUGACAAAAUCCCAGAAACAAUCCGGCCAGCUAUCUGUAGUGUUGUGUAGUGUCACUUCUAAAUGUUUUUUUUUUUUUUUUUUUAACGUAUGACACCAUAACUGAAUUAAAAGGGCCUAUAAAUAUGAUUAUAAAUUGCAAUGAAUCACAGUGAAACAUAAUUGAGUGUUGAUUCAUUGCCAAAUGUAUUUACUGUUUGUUUGAUCAUGGAUCAAACUGUGGCUCCUGACAUUCAUCCCCAUUUGUCCCAAAAGCAUUUGCUUCUCCACUGGGGAAUAUGUCACACUAAUUAAGACAGUUUAUUGAAAUUGUGUUGCUAGGAAACCUUUACUUUUUUAGAUCCUGCCAGCUAUUGAUAUUUCUGCCAAACACUUCAACAGGAAAUACAAUAAAGUGGAUCCAUUUGCAAUAUAAUGCUUAUGUUGCUUUGAAAUGGUCUGCAAGAACGUGAGUCAGUACUGCACUUGGAGGACAAUGGUGAGAGUGAACCCCUUGGUCAGAGUAGUCCUUGCUGCAUGUUCUCCAGCUGGAAUAUAUCUAGUCACUAAAUAUGACAGAACUGAAUAUAAUGAAAUUGGUUUUCUCAUUUUGCAGGAGCCCCCUGGAACUGCCAGCAGGACCCCUGAGGCCCUACUAGGACCCCAUUUGGGAACCACUUAGCUGUACUUCUUCAAAACUUUAAAAGUUGUGUAUUGCCAAAAAAAUUGCUAGAAAAUGUGUAGGCCUGUGCCAGCAGCGGUGUGUGCUCGGAAUAACACUGACAUCUCACUGUUUCAAGCCAAAGAAAUCUGAUGUAGCAGAUGAAUGCUACAUGACAGAGCGCAUCUCAUCCUCCCUGUCUGAUAAAGGAGGCAUGGUGAAACAUGAGCAGACAGGAGUAUAGACUGUGUUUGGUGUUGAUUGCAAAGGUCUGCCAAAGCUAGACCUCCUGAAUUCCAAUGGUCCCAUCUCUCUCUCCCUCUCUCUCCCUCUCUCUCUCUCUCUCCCUCUCUCUCCCUCGCAGCAUCCAGCAGCUGCGCCUCUCAUGCCUUUCCUGACGCCGAGCGAAGCCUCCCAUACAGAUGAGCGCUGGAAGCCACGCACCUCUUGACGUAGCCACAGACCGUUUGCGGUGCCACUCGGUCUCCGUAGCACGUAUUGCGCAACGUGACUGAAGCUCAACUGGCUCCACGGCGGGCACAUCCGGCUCCCACCGUCGCGUGAAUUCAUUACAAAGUGGUCUCAUAACGCCGAGACAACAUCGGGCAUCGCCGAGGAGCUGUGGAAGAACCGUCAGCCGCUCCGCUCCUCACCGGACUGGACACCUCCCCUUGUCAUUGCCACCGGGAGAGAUGAGUUGAGCGCGCGGCGUCGGGGUGCAGUCGUGAUGUGACUGUGAGCGCACGAGCCUUCACUGUACUAUCGCCAUCAGCAGCUUGACGACUUCAUCGCCCAGAAGAUGGAAACAGUGAGAAUUUUGAUUGUUGCUGUUUGACUACAGCAGAUGUGAUGGCUUCGUUUGACAGCAUGCAGUCAAUGCAGCAGCAGCAUCCGCGGAGCGAGCCGUGGCCACAGCUGGAAUAGAGGAGCUAUGUCCGUGUGUACCGAGCCUCCGUCCGCCCGUAGUCGACAGCAUCUGUGCGCCCCCUCGGUUUGCCGCCUCGGGGGUCUUCGCUAAAGUCCAGUGACACACGGUUUCUGAGAAGCGCGCCUACCUGGAGUCGAGGGGAGGUUGCUGUUUCUGUUAUAAGGCCGGGCUCUCUGCAGCCCACUCCCCGCGCCUCCCUACCUCCCCGCAUCCUCCGCGGCGUCUCUGUGCCGCGAGCGCUGCGCUUUUUUGACUUGGUGGCAGUGGACAUCAAAACCAUCCCUACCUGAGUCCGUUUGCCUCCUGCGCCCAUAAAUACCUUUACAGUAACCUAUAUACUGAGACUAAAUUAAUCGACGUGUGGAUCGGAGCAGUGCUGUGUCUAUGCACCUCAGUUACACCUCCCGGGAGAGGACUUCUUGCAGUUGAGAGCUGGAUAUGCAGAGAUUAACGUGAAAGGAUGGAUCUAAUUAUCUGUGUUUUGGGGCUGCUGGCGCUGAUCGUGGAGGGCAUCCGUUGUCAAGGAGUGUACGCGUCUCCGACUGUCCGCAUUAUACACUCAGGGCAUGCCUGUAAUGUUGAGGAGGAGAGGCACACGGAGAGAGUCUACACCAUCAGAGAGGGAGAGACCCUGGAGCUUACCUGUCUGGUGACGGGCCAUCCUCGGCCACAGAUCCGAUGGACCAAGACAGCCGGCAGUGUGUCAGACCGCUUCCAGGACUCCAGUGUGUUCAAUGAAACGUUGCACAUUGCAAAGAUCCUGAGGACCCAGGGAGGUCGCUACUACUGCAAGGCUGAGAACGGCCUUGGUUCGCCUGCCAUCAAGUCCAUCAGGGUGGACGUCUACUACCUCGAUGACCCGGUGGUGACGGUGCACCAGAGCAUAGGGGAAGCUAAGGAACAGUUCUACUAUGAGAGGACUGUGUUCCUGCGCUGCGUGGCCAAUUCCAACCCGCCCGUCCGCUACAGCUGGCACCGCGGGAGAGAGGUCCUGACACAGGGCUCGGACAAAGGCGUGGAGAUCUACGAGCCGUUUUUCACACAGGGGGAAACAAAGAUUUUGAAGCUGAAGAACCUGCGUCCUCAAGACUACGCGAACUACAGCUGCAUCGCCUCUGUCAGAAAUGUGUGUGGGAUCCCUGACCGCAGUGUUAUCUUCAGACUCACUAAUAAGACAGCCUCCCCAUCCAUCAAGCUGCUGGUGGAGGAUCCAAUCGUGGUGAAUCCUGGCCAGACGGUGUCGUUGGUGUGCAUCACCACAGGGGGGGAGCCUCCUCCCAUACUCACCUGGGUCAGCAGCAAUGACAGCCUGCCACAGAGGAGCGUGGUGAAGGGGGGCACGCUCACGCUGCCGGCCAUCACCUCAGACGAGGCGGGGGCGUACAGUUGCGUGGCCAGCAACAAUGUGGGAAACCCGGCCAAGAAGUCCACCACCAUUGUGGUGCGAGCUUUGAAAAAGGGCCGAUUCUGGAUCACUCCUGACCCCUACCACAAUGACGACAACAUCCAGAUUGGACGUGAAGUCAAGAUAUCUUGUCAGGUGGAGGCGACCCCACCAGAGGAGCUGACGUUUAGCUGGCUGAAGAACGGGCGUGCCCUGCGGAGCUCGGAGCGUAUGGUCAUCACCCAGACGGACCCUGACAUCUCCCCGGGGACCACCAACCUGGACAUCAUAGACCUCAAGUUCACCGACUUCGGCACAUACACCUGCGUGGCGGCGCUGAAGGGUGGAGGCAUCCCUGAGAUCAGCAUUGACGUCAACAUCUCAUCCACAACUGUCCCUCCUCUGUUUUUCUCUUUCUUAGUUCCCCCCAACCUGACAGUCCCCCGGGGCAAGUCCCCCCUGGUGGCCCGCGAGGGUGACACAGUGGAGCUGGAGUGCCUUGUUUCAGGGAAGCCCAAACCCAUCAUCCUGUGGUCGCGAGCGGAUAAGGAGGCGCCAAUGCCGGAUGGCAACAUGCAGAUGGAGAGCUAUGACGGUGUGCUGCGUAUUGUUAAUGUGUCCAGGGAGAUGACGGGCUCGUACCGCUGCCAGACCAGUCAGUAUAAUGGGUUCAACGUAAAACCCCGGGAGGCUGUGGUGGAGCUGAUCGUACAAUACCCUCCGACAGUAGAGCCAGUUUACAUGGAGAUGCGUCAGGGCCUGGGGAGGCCUGUGGUGAUGACCUGCAGGGUGCUGCGAGCCCACCCCUCCCGUGUGCUGCGAUUUGAGUGGCUUCUAUCAAACCGACUGCUCCACGCCGGAGCCUUCGACGCCCAAAGAGACGAGACAGAGUACACGAUCCGCAGCCUGAAUCGAGACGGCUGGGGGGAGUACACCUGUAAUGUCAUCAAUGAAGCCGGAGCAGGCAAAUGCACCUUUCAGGUUACAGGAAAGGCGUACGCCCCGGAGUUCUACUAUGAUACCUACAGCCCUCUGUGGCAGAACAGACCCAGAGUCUACGGCUUCAAACUCCAGUGGACCCAGAUGAACCCCAAUGCUGUGGACCGCAUUGUCGCCUACAGACUGGGCAUCAGACAGAUGGGGUUGCAGCGCUGGUGGGAACAAGAGAUCCCUGUGGAUGGAACAAUCAACAAAGGAGAGCUCAUGACGCACAACCUGACUGAGCUGAUAAAGCCUGAAUCUUACGAAGUGCGCCUCACCCCCAUCACGCGUUUCGGAGAGGGCGACUCCACCAUCCGUAUCGUCACCUACAGUGCUCCCAUCAACCCUCAUCUGAGAGAGUUCCACUGCAGCUUUGAGGAGGAGCCCAUCUGCAUGUUCACCCAGGACAAGAAUGAUGAUUUUGAUUGGACGCGGCACAGUGCUGCCACCCGCGACACCAAGUAUACACCCAACACGGGGCCUAGUGGUGAUCGCAGUGGUUCCAAGCAGGGUUUCUACAUGUACAUCGAGACAUCCAGGCCGCGGAAGGAAGGGGACCAGGCGCGGCUUGUAAGUCCGUUUUUCAACGUAGCACCUAAAAACCCUUACGGUAUCACCAACCCACCUGCCUACUGCUUCAGCUUCUUCUACCACAUGUAUGGAAAACACAUAGGAACUCUGAAUGCCUUCCUGAAGCAGAAGGGCCAAACGACCUCCGAGGGUCCUGUGUGGUCGCUAAGUGGUAACCAAGGUGACCGCUGGAAGCAGGUCAAAGUAAGCAUCCAUCCGACAGCGUCCUUCCAGGUGGUACUGGAAGGUGUCCGGGGACCAGGCAUUGAGGGAGACAUCGCCAUCGAUGAUGUCACGCUGGAGGAAGGGGAAUGUCGAGACCCGCCGCCCAAUCUCAGCUCCACGGCUCCGUCCACAUCCUCGCAUAUAUGGCUGCUAUGCAUCACCAUGGUGAUGACCAUCCUAGAAGGUCAGAGGUGACCCUUCUCUCCGUCAUCUCAGAGGCGAAUAUUCAGACCCACCGUCUGUGAGCUAUACCCUCGGCAUCCAAUCACCAAAGAUUCAUGCAUCCUGAAAGCAGCAGGGGUCCCCUGAUGGACCACAGAGGGACCGAAAUCAAUAAAAGAGAGAAAAAAUAGUGAUUAAAAAAAAGUUACACAAAAAGUAAUAAAGAAGAUGCGCUAAUUUUUUAAAGAGACCUCUUUUACAGAAAACACUCCUCGGUGCAGGACUCUGGACGUCUUUACGAGCACAAAGACAGGUGGGCGAUGAGUAAGCCUGGACUUUGGCGAAAGAGUUCACAAGCGUCGAGGGAGGACAGUUUGUAAAGCACAAGAACAAUUUUAUGAAGUUAUGAAAAUAUCUUUGGAAGGCGGCGGAAUAGAGACACUGCUGACUUUUUGAAGAGGAAAUAACAUUUCCCUGCUUACAAAUACAUGGAAUCAGACCUUUCUCUGUGUAUCUUUAUCUUCAUUUCUUGCACCAGAUGCCAAUCACUGACUCUUGUUUUUCACUCUAGCCCAGUCUCACGUCACACCUUGGCAUUUCCUUAUCUGCUUGGUGCUGUACUGUAGAAAAACAAGGACUCUGGCAACAUUCAGUUCUGUCUGCUUACUCCCCUGUAGCUGCCUAUGUAUCUUUUAACACUGUGCUCACGAGUCCAAGUGGCCAACCGACGGUAUGGUGGCAGAACAAUAAAUUCAGAAGAAUCAGCGGAGGUGUAGACAGCUGGACUGGGCAGAAAGAAGUUCAAGCUUAUGAGCUGAAAUGAGAGGAAGAGGUGGAAAGAGGGCAGAGAGGAGGGAUGAACGGAAGGAAGAGUGGAGGGAGGGGAGGAACAGGCAGAGAGUAGAGAAAGGUCCGAUUAGUGAGGCCUGACUCCAAUAUUCAGUCAGCGGUCCGUAUGUGGAACAGAAGCCACUUUACUUUCUGCCAUGAAACAAAGUGCCUUCAGAUUACAAACCGAAUCGUGAGCCUGGGUGUUAAUCAACAUCGAACACGUCUCUGUUCAUGUUUCCUCUGAUGGGCUAUUUUCUACAUGUUUCUUUUGCCCCACAAGUGCUGAUGGGAGGGCAUGCUUAUAAAGAGGGAGUAUGGGGGUCGUGCAACACCCGGAUUUUACUCCUGAUGGGACAGUCGCCUGUGUGUGUGUGUGUGUGUGUGUGUGUGUGUGUGUGUGUGUGUGUGUGUGUGUGUGUGUGUGUGUGUGUGUGUAUGUGUGUAUGUGUGUUUGUAUGCGUGCCAGUUUGUGUGCGUGCCAGUUAGUGUGUGUGUGUGUGUGUGUGUGUGUGUGUGUGUGUGCAUGCGCCUAAGCCUAUGCCUACGCGUAGUUCAAUGUGAGGGCAGCCAAACAGGCAGCGCUGGCAGACACCGAGCACAGGUUUGCAAACAAUUUGGAUAAAAACAGCAGCAACGGUGAAAGUGAGGCUCUGGAUCUGUUUUUUGCAGAAAGACAGUUUAAGAUCAUACGGGAGGAUAAAGACACUUCGUCGAAUGAAUACCCCACUCUCUCUUCCCAUAAUUCUCUUUCCCUGCGGACGUGCGUUUUUUUAACAAAAGAAAAGAACAACUGCUGAAUAAAACAUUGCAUUGUACAGGGAGGAGAGUAGGAACCUUGGGACUGCAGGCUCUUCAUUAGGGUGAUUGGCCUCACCCCUGUCCUCCACCAUUUAUAUGGAACAAUAUGAGAAUAAAAGAUAAUAAUGACCAUAAUAAUAGUCAUGAUAUUUUAUUACUCUAGCGAGAAUGUUUCUCUGCUUUUACACAAACUGUGAAGAUUGACUGUGGAAGAUCUACCUGAGACCAUAACCUUAACCAGCGGGGUUUUUAAAAAAUGUAUUGUAAAAAAGAGAAAAUAAGAAAAUGAAAAAUUCCGUUCAUUGUUGGUUAUGACAAAUGUUUUGAGGACUUGUGUCUUGUUUCUUAUUUUUUCUGUUGAAGAUGACUUAACUUCCUUUCUCUUCUUGUUGUCUCCCUUUGCAUUGCUGAAGUAUCAAAGCUGAUGGAAACAUAAGAAGUAAACCAAUUUGGUAACUGUAUAACUUGUAAAUGUUAAAGAAGCUCUAUUCAAAGGUUUAUGAUAAAUGUUUUAUGUUGGAGUACAGGAAGCACAACAUACAGUUCAAGGUCUCAACAUAUAAAAUCCAUUUUAUAUUUCUCUACACAUACGUGACCUACUUCCACAAAUUCAGGCUUAUUGACGCUCUGAAACAAGUCCACGUUUAACAGCAAAUUGAUCUUUUUUUUUACUUCUUACAUUCAUAUUUAUAGUGCAACCACUAUGCUAGAGAACGCAAAGGAUCCCAGUCAGGAGUAUAAAUGAAAUCUUCAUGAAUGCAUACUGGGUAAAGGUUCAUGGUGUUGUGGUUGUUCAGCAAAUGUAGCCUCUUCAGUGGAAGCCUGGGUUAGUCUGAGUGGGUCAUGUACAUGUGUGAGCAUAAAGCUGUGUACAAUAGGUGUGAUGAGAAACUGAUACAUGUAAAGAAGAUAAAUAUGCUAAACAAAACAGAGCAGAAUGAUGAACAUUUCAGGGCAUCCUUACAAUAUCAUUAUGAUCUGUAUGAUGUUAUUAUAGAGACGUAAUCACAGGUAUUAUAUGCUAUCCAUUUCUGUUUUGUUUUUCUGUUUGUUUUAUUUUUGUUUGGAUUUUUUUUUUUUUUUUUUUUUUUUUUUUUAGAUAAUUUCAGACAUUUUCAUUUCUGUGUUUUUAUUUUCAUAAGGCCCAGAUCACAAUGAAUGUAAAUGGAGUUCUGGGGAGAGUUGUUUUCUUACAGUCUUUCUAGAUGUAAUGUUUUAAGAAAACAUGUUUUUGUGUGCUUUUGAUGAUGAGAACUUUCAGACUUUCAUAGGUUGUUUUGGACAUAUGUCAAGAACAGGAAGUUCAUCUGAUUUUGACACAGACUUUGACACAUUUUCCAAAAAUAUAAAACUCAGAUUAAAUAUCCAUUAGCUAGUUGCUAUAUCCUCCUGUGGUAUAGUAGGUAAUGAAAAGUGCCAAAGUGCCCCGUGUAGUCGUCACUGUUACUAAGUAUGGAUAUGAGUUACUUAAGAUAUUUUGGUAACUGUUCCUUUUACAGCCACCCUGAGCACCUCGUCAAUUCAUGAUGAGAACAGAAAAUCAGCAUAUAGCCUAAUAGUAGCGCCACAAAUAAUUUGGAAUUACAGCUGGAUUUACAUAAAGAACACCUUUGGUUUUAUUUCGGUAUUUGUUGUCAGUGGUUUAAAGGAAUAGUGUUACAUUUUGGGAAAUGAGCUAAUUCACUCUCUUGCCAAGUGCCAAGAGAUCGGUAACACUCGUAUGUGUGUCCACUAAACAUGAAGCUACACCCAGAAGACUGUUAAUUUAGCACAAAGACAGGAAGAGAGAAACUGCUAGCUUGGAUCUGUCUGAACAAAAUCCACUUACCAGCAAUUCUAAAGCUCACCAGUUACCUUGUAUCUCUUUUAUGUAAUCAGUACAUUUUAAGCAGGUUGCCAGGAAACUAGCAGAGAUGUAACAGGAAGUCACUGUUCCCGCCAGAGAAAUAGUCUAGCAUGUAACCCCUGUUUUUAUGAAUUAAAAAAGAUGUAAAUUGCUAAUUUGUGAGCUUUAGAGGUGCUGGCAGGUUGACUUUGUUAUCUUCAGACAGGACCUGGCUAACUGUUUCCCCCUGUUUCCAGUCUCGUUGCUAAGCUAGGCUAACUGUCUGCUGGUAACUUCAUAUUAAAUGUACAACUAUAUAAAUGAUAUUGAUCUUCGUAACUAACUCCAGAGAAGAACUGUGAAUAACUGUAUUUCUCUAAAUGACAAACUAUCCCUAUUGGUAUUGAGCGAGAACCAGGAGGUGGUUAUCAGCUAGCUUGGCUAUCUCCAAAGUUCAAAGCUCAUUCAUUAAAAAGUUUCACAAAAUGUCAGACGUUUGCUUUAGAAUAACAGCCUAAGUUUAAAAGUAUGCAAAAUGUUCUCUGUGUAUUCCCUAUCAGUCGCCACACUGUAAAAUUUGGUUUGUGUAUGUUGGAAUUAUAUCAGCACUAGCCUUUCAGAGACUAUGACAGACCUCAUUUUUAUCCUAGUUUUAUGGUGUAUUAAAUAUUGGCUGCAUUCAUGUUAAAGUUUUUUUUGGGCAGUUUCUGCCAUUAUUCGGAUAGGGACAUUGAGAGAGUGAAAGGAAAGUUGGGGAGAGAGAGGGGAUGACAUGCACCGAAGGCAGUAAGGACUGAGCCUAAGUGGUACACGCUCUACCAGUUGAGCCACUGGGGCGCCCCAAUAUUGGCUACAUUCAUACAAUUUUCAUCCGUGUGAAGGAAAUAUUGUCUAAUUUUCGUAGAACCCCAACUGAAAUUAGACAGCAAAAUGAAUCAUUGUUCGUUUUCGUGGUAUUACAGCUCUCGCCAUAUCCUUGAUUUCCAUUUUUGUGCAAUUCACAUACCGUAUGUCAGCCUCUGCCCUUUGUGUGUACGAGGGAUGUGAGCCUGGUGAGUGGCUUACACUCUCAGCUCUGCUCCAUUUAUUGAUAAAAGUCCUCUAAGCUGCUUCAAAGUACAAUUGGAGGGGAUUAACAGGUUUUGAAUAUGUAAACAGUGUUAUGUGACAGUUUGCUUUCUUACAGUGUUUACUGACUGUGUUUUAAUGAUGAAAGGCUUCUGUAGUUGAGGAAGGUGGAAGUGUUUAUAAAGUAACACGGGGGAAUGAGUGCAUUUCUAGUUUGUGAUUAGUUUAGGUGCUGGAGCUGAAUGUGUCCACAUUUGCCAAGUGUUUUUUUUUUUUUUUUUUUACAUCACUGUAUCUGGACCCAAGACAUUUUUGGUGUGUUGUUUUUCCCACUAGCACAUACAGUAUGAGAUGUUUCUCACAGCAGCCACUUAGGUUUUACACUCAUUUGAGACUUCAUAGUUGGAGUGAUGGUGCCAUCAUUUUUUUUAAUAGAUGGUUAAGAAAAUAAAAUGAUAGUUACUUUUUUUCUCUUUUCUACUCAGUAGACCUUUCACAAUAACAUGGAAUGUAGAGGUCUGUUUGUUGAUUUUGAUAUUUACAGUAGGUCCUGCAAUAUAAUACAACUAUCUAGUAACACGACACUACUCAAAUGGAGGCUAGCAUUAGUGCAGGCAGAGCACUGAACUAAUUGGCAUCAGCUGUUUCAUUCAUGCCUCACAUCAAUGGCUUAAUAAGCUAACUAAUAACAUCCAAUUACAUUUAUGCAGGUGACAUUAUAACCUGAUUCUUCUCACUAUUAUCCUUCUGAUACAUUUAUGCCAGUGUUGUUUACGCCUCAAUCACCUCAACCUCCUAUUUAAAGAGCAGAGCCUUUUCACCAACUCUAACUCCAAACCCUUUUCUAUAAAUUCCUUUAUUCCAUAAAGUGAAUGUACAUGAGGUGGACAAAAUGUUAUGGUACAUUUCAAUAUGACACAAUCAGAUAAAACCACUACAGCCUGAAAAUGCCCCGUAGAAUUCAGUCAACACAAACCUGAGGUAGUAAAGCUUAUAGUCUCUACAAAUACAGAACAUUAAAAAUAAGUUGUUUGGGUCAGUUGUAUUGCAUCGUUAUACAUUGUAUUGGUCACAGUAUACAAUAGAAAUUGCCUAUUUCCAUUGUAACGCUGCUGAGAACAAACGACACAAGUCGAUCUUCAUUACACGGGAGAGGCUUUAAACCAUUUGUUAGAUGGGAGGAGGGAAGCCGUGUUCAGUGCAAGGUAUAGAGACAGAAAUCGUGUUUUCCUUUUUGAAUGCAGUUUCACCUGCUUACUGAAAACAUUUGACUUGCUACUUUUGUAUAACGUAAAAGGUACAUAUUAACAAAAGAAAAAUAAGCUAUUGUUGGAUAUGGUGAGGCCCUGGAAUACCAAGGAAGCAAACAGGCACCUGCUCUUAAUACUGUUUCAUAUUAGAUUCUGGUAAAAAAAAAAAAAAAAAAAUCUGCUAUUUCUUCUGUGCAUUGAUGAAUACAUGAAUGAAUUUUGCAGUUGUGCAUGAAUGUACUCAGUGCUUACAUUAACACCAUUAAAAUGGAGGCACUGUAGCAUUAAGGGAUGGGGUCUGUCAGAGUUUGUGCAGGCUGUGGACUGAAUUUAAUUGCUGUAACCUGCAGUAUGUCGAAACAAUUUCCCAGGUUCUUUGGUAAAUUUGAUUAAAACUAUCCAUGUGAGUAGAACCAUGCCCAGUUGGUAUGUGAGAAAAUGUAAUUUAAAACAAACUAUUGCCUUAAUUCCUAAAAAGUGCAUACCUUGUAAUAUUAUAAACUUAAAGUGGAAAAGACCUUGUGAAGAAGUCCUGUGCAGUCGUGCUGAUGAACUCAUACAGUUUCCAGCUGUAAUGUAGUUACCUGGAUGGUGUUUUUAAAGAGAUUCAGCUGUAAUUGUCACAUUUUUAGUUACAGCUGUAAUUACCUGCUUGUUUAUUAUUCGUACCUUGUAUUCAACUGAGGGUCUCUAAAAGGAACAGUCCCAACAUUUCUUUCUGAGUGGAAAUGUUCUCAUUUUCUGUUCAAUCUAAGAAGGGCUUUGUCACAUUGUGCCAUUCAUCAUCCUAUUUUAGCCCCCUCCCCACCCCACCCCUAAAAAAGAACAAAAAGAAAAAAAAAACACACUCAGUUCCACUAGUGUAAUAUUAAUGCAGCUGGUAGCCCCAAUUAUCACUAUACACACCCAGCUUUCUUUGGUUGAUUCAGCAAAGACAACGAGUGCCAAAAGGGGGGGAUAAGCACUGUGGUUGGGAGAGACCCGGCAGAACUGACAGUCACAUUGAAUUCGGCAGUCAAACAGUUCAUAUGACGGAUUCAAACAGGAACAAAAUGCCUGUCAUAUUAAACCUCAAACUUUACCCACAGUCUUCAGUUUUUUUUCAAGAGUGAAAAUGCCAUUUUAAUGUGGUGCACUUCUUUCACUUCCACACAGUUGCUAGGCAGUAGUGAGCGACUUGUCGACAGGAGCCUGAGUGCAGUCCCACUAAAUAACUGGAAAAGGUAGACACAUUUCAGAGAUCUCAUUUUACUCUGUCAGGGAAGAAGCAGUAUGUCGCUAUUUGAUGGCAGGGCUGCUCAGUGUGACAACUUUACCAGUGGGAAAACUGCCACCUCUUGGUACCGACUCUUUCUGCUGUUGGAGUAACUCUCGCUACUUCUCGACGGCUUUCCUCCUCUGUCUGUCCUCUCUUUCUCUUUCACCUUGCUUUGAUCAGGAAUCACUGACUAGGCAGGAGCAACAUUUUCCAUGUCCUGUUAUUUACCAUCAGUGCAGCCAACUGUGUGCAGGAUGACAAAAUGAAGACGUUUGCCGCAGUUGAGGAAUGUCCCCCCUCCCCUCCUCGCUCUUGAAAAGACCCUUGGAAAUAAUGAGAUUUGAUGCUGUAAUAUCAAGGUUGUUGAGAAAGCUGUGUUUCAGUGAUGUUAUUUAUCUUGUUCUGUGCUGACACCCUGUAAUGAUGACCUGUCACUCUUCUCUGUUUUGUGCUCUAUAUUUAUAUAUGAUCAGGCUUCUUUUUCACUGUAUUUCUUUGGAUUUGUCACCCAUUUUUUGUGCCAUACCUGCAACUAAUGAAAAAAUAAAGAAAAGGAAUAUUUUA